UCACUUCUAUUUAUAGAUAUGCAUUCGUGCAAUGUGGUCUCCAUCCCAAAGGGAUAUCUUAGCAAAAGAAAUAUAAACUAAAAUAAUUCCAAAAGUAACUUAGUGUAGACGAUCCAUCCGAGCAGCAGGCUGAGGCUUGGAAAUGGGUUUUUGCCUGUUUAGUUCAUUCACGAUCUGCAGUUUCCCCGGACAGUCACAAUGGAAACGCAUCUCAAAUAAUGGGUCAAGGUUCAAUUGGCCGUUGCACGUUUUGUCAGCCUUCCGGUGUGAAGCUACAAGCAAAGCUUCUGGUGAAGCCGACAUCGUUAGACGAUCUGCUAAUUAUCACCCAUCUAUUUGGGACUAUGAUUAUGUUCAGUCACUUAGAAGCGACUAUCUGAAGGGUGAAUCAUACAAGGAACGAGCAAGCAAACUGAUUGGAGAAGUGAGGAUGAUACUUGAAAAUGUGGGGGAUCAUUUGGAGAAACUUGAGGUUAUUGAUACCUUACAAAGACUUGGGUUGUCCUACCACUUUGAAGAUGAAAUAAAGAAAACUUUGGACAAUAUAAGUACCGAUCGCAGCGGUGUUGAAUGUAAGAAAGACAAUUUAUAUGCUACAGCACUUGAAUUUAGACUGCUAAGACAACAAGGGUAUGAUGUGAAUCAAGCUGUUUUCACUAGUUUCUUGAACGAGGUUGGAAACAUUAAAGCUAGCCUUUCUCAGGAUUCCAAGGGAUUGCUUAACCUGUAUGAGGCUUCGUACCUCUUAGUAGAAGGUGAAACAAUGCUGGAGAAUGCAAGAGAUUUAGUAGCUAAACAUCUCAAGAAAUGUCUGAAGCAGAAAAAUGAUCCUUAUCUUUCCAUGCUCUCGGACCAUGCCUUGGAGCUUCCUCUACAUUGGAGGAUGUCAAGGUUGGAAGCCAGAUGGUUCAUAGAUGUGUACGAGAAAAAAAAGGACAAAAUUCCCAUUAUUUUAGAGCUUGCUAUAUUGGAUUACAACAUAGUCCAAGCUAUGUACCUGGAAGAUCUAAGAUAUUGUUCACAAUGGUGGAAGGAUCUUGACCUUGGCGAAAGGUUGAGCUUUGCUAGAGAUAGGCUGAUGGAGAACUUCUUAUGGAGUGUGGGAGCGAUAAUUGCUCCUGACUCCGGGAAAGGUAGAAGAAUUCUGACGAAGGUCAAUUCGUUUAUAACAGUUUUAGAUGAUGUUUAUGAUGUUUAUGGCACCUUAGGUGAGUUGGAGCUCUUCACCGAUGCUGUUGAGAGAUGGGAUAUCAAUGCAAUACAAAGUCUUCCCAACUAUAUGAAGAUAUGUUUCCAUGCUCUUCAUAAUUCCAUAAAUGAAAUGGCUUUUGACAUUCUCAAGGAACAAGGAAUAGAUGUCAUUCCCUUUCUCAAGAAACUGUGGGCAAAUCUUUUUAAAGCUUAUUUGUUGGAGGCAAAAUGGUAUUACAGUGGACACACGCCAACCCUACAAGAAUACAUCGACAAUGCUUGGAUUUCAUCAUCGGUUUCAGUAAUUCUUGGUCAUUCCUAUUUGGUAACUGAUCAUAUAACCAAGGAGGGAUUGCAAAGCUUUGAGGAAUGUUAUACAAAUAUAAUCUGUUGGUCAUCCAUAAUUGUACGAUUAACAGACGAUUUAGGAACAUCAUCGUAUGAGAUAAAAAGAGGUGAUGUUCCUAAAUCAAUCCAAUGUCACAUGCAUGAAAGUGGAGCAUCCGAAGACAAAGCUCGUGAGCACAUAAGGAAGUUGAUUGGCGCGACAUGGAAAAAGAUGAAUAAAGAUCGAAUUGCUAAAUCUCGUUUCUCGCAGAUGUUUAUUGAAAUUGCUAUGAACCUCGCAAGGGUGUCCCACUGCAUGUACCAGAAUGGCGAUGGUCAUGCUAUUGAAGAUGGCGAGACCAAGGAUAAAGUGUUAUCAUUAUUUGUUAACCCAGUUCCUGAACCAAAAUGAUCAAGAAAAUCGGAAUACUUUUCCGAACUAAAAAUAGUACUUUUCUAGGUUAUCUUUUAGUAUGUUGUGGCACAUCACUUAUGGCCUUAUUGUACCUGGUACUGGGGCUCAUGCUCUUGUUACAGUGUGUUGUUAUAUCAAGUAUCUGUCUAUUUCUCCCUUGUUUCUCCUCUUUCUGACCUCUGUUUCUUUUUUUUUUUUUUCUCAUCUCACACAAGGUUUGUUCUUCAACUCCAAUCUUCCUGCA